AUGACUAAUCAGGCCACUUCCACUGACGCGAUAGACACCAAACUUCACUCCAUUCUUGAAACAAAACCAAGUUCGGUGAUAUUCCAAUUCCUCAUCGAGAAUCAUACCAGAGUAGACCCGAAAUUUUCCCUCACAUUCACUUACAACCUUCUCUGCCAAAACAAUCUUCAAGCGGCCAUUUCGUUACAACAUUUACUUUUAACGAAUGCAAACUAUCAAAUCCCGAAUGAGUUGUGGAGUGUGCUUCUUGACAAAGUGUGUUCAAAACUGAAUUACCUCGGCGCUACGUUUAUAUUCCAUGAGUUGAUCGAUAGCCAUUUGUUUUACGAUGAAAUGACCCUCGCAGUGCAGGAAAAUGACCAGGUUCCAUUCGUGGUGAAUCCUAAUACUUUAAUUCACUUGGCAAAGAUCUUUACCGAAAAUGGCGAUGCAAAGAGAAUGGAAGGUAUAUUGCGAUAUUUUAGACGGUUUCACUCAUUUUUGACAAACCGAGAGACAUAUAAAGCAUUGCUUGUUUUAAACGUGGAGGUAUAUGCACAAAUAAAAGAUUUGACAAUGGCAUUAAAAACAUUCAAAGAUUUAGCAUUUGCAUCAAAGGGACUUUCCAACCGGAAGCCAUUGGGACUUGUGCGGAAAAAUAUUGCCCAGCACAAUCAAUGGAGAGUUGGCAACAUCAAACUGAAUCAGUAUCGAUUUGAUUUCAUUCCUACUUAUCCACUUGAUAUCCACCAACAGUUGUUGGCGCAAAUCCGUCAAAGUGGAAUUUAUAACCCAGUGAUCCAAUACAAUGUUUACUCAAGUGUGAAUGCCAAUUCACCUGUUAAUGGUUCAGCCAUUGCUUAUACCCCAAUGCUACUGAGACUAGUUGAUUCCACAGAACUACCCCGAUUCAAACAACUUUUUACUGAAUACAUCAAAUUGGAAGAAAUGUACGAGCAUCAUAAAUUAAUACAACUCAUCAGGGCCAAUCACCACAGUUUACACAUUUUUAUUGUAUCUGCACUAUGCGAGUUACAGAAACAUGAAUUGGCAUUCGCCGUACUAAAAUCGUUAGCAUCAUAUGGCCAAUUAUUAUGUAAAAGCCCCGCAUUUGUGACAUUACUUCAAUCAACGAAGAAUGAACCAAAGUUGCUUUCACUACAUGCCGAGAUUAUCACAUUCUACCGUCUGUUGAACAAGGGGCAUGUAAAUUAUCCCAUUGCUGCAUAUAUCCAUAAAAUACCGGUAUAA